AAUGUUCCUUGAAAUGUGUGUUGUUUUGGUGCGUAUUAUUAAUAGUACCUAUUAUGUUAUGCACAGAAUUAAUUGCGUUCUAUGAUUUGAUGGACGUGUAAUAAUGUCACCAUGUGACCUGAGUCGUUGUUUAUAGUGUAAUUAUGUGUUCUGUUUUAUCAGUUUAUACUUAAGUUAUUAUAAUACCUGUUUAUCAAGAUGAAAGUUUAUCUAUAUGAAAAAAGUGACCGUUUUAUUUCUUAGUAAAUAAAAAUAAAUGACCGCCUGUUUUAAUUUUUCCAACAUAGACACUGUCUAUAUUGUGAAAGUGUAAAUAAAAAAUUCUAUACGGUAAUUUUUGACAUAGCAGUUUCCAAAUGACAAACGGACUUGUUUAAAACUAUGUAUGAUAGUGAUUACCUACUGAUUAGUAACUUUUUAUCUUAAUUAAAACAUAAAUAUAAUAAUUAUGGAGUUGGGGUUAAAUUUGCUUGUUUAUGUCAAUCUAAUUUCGAGCGCCUGUUUAGCAAAAUAUAAUAAAGGUCAUAUUUAUAAUAAUGUCUACGUCACAUUCCCGGACGAUCCCUGCGAUAAUGCGACGAUAGAAAUGCCAGAUUUUACUGCAAGAAGACGUCGAAUAAGCGAAGUCAAAUGCCUUGAAUACGUUUGGCGAAUAAGAUAUGAACAAGGAAAAGAUAUUAGAAGAACACAAUGUGAAAAAGAAGAAACCGACAGGACACCAAUUUUAGGAGGAAGCGAUGUGUCCUAUGGGGAAUACCCACAUAUGGGCGCUCUUGGCUGGAAGGCAAAGGUUGGGACGUGGAUCUUCAAGUGCGGCAGCUCUCUGAUAAGUGAGAGGUUCGUGUUGACCGCGGCACAUUGCUCCUGCGUGCCGAGCACCGACAAGACCGUCACCGAGUUAGAACCCAAGAUCGUGAGACUUGGCUGCAAGAAUAUUAUGGACGUUGAUAAAGGGGAGCCAGCAUAUGACGUGAACAUCCGUAGAUUUAUAAGCCACCACCGGUAUAAACCUCCCCGCCAGUACUACGACAUAGCGUUAGUUGAACUGGAACAAGAGGUGUCGUUCCGUUGGAAUGUGCACCCAGCCUGCUUACGGAAUCAGUUUGCUAACCCUGAGGAAGGAACUGUAACCGGUUGGGGAGUCAUUGAAACGGCAAGCCUCACCUCUUCUCCGGAGUUACAAAAAGCUGAUAUAAGAAUAAUAGAGUCAGAUGACUGCGACGAGAUGCUGCAGUUGAAGCGGAGUCAGCGCAAGUGGUGGGGCAUUGUGUGGCACCAACUAUGCGCCGGCGACUCCGCUGGCCGCAUCGACACUUGUAGGGGCGAUUCAGGCGGUCCCUUGCAGACCCUGGUCCCACUACGACACUCAAGUCCUUUCAUCAAAUGGAAGCUACACCAGAUAGUGGGAGUCACGUCGUUUGGCUUCGGCUGCGCGCGUCCCAACACCCCCAGCAUUUAUACCAGGGUGGCCAGCUUUGCCACGUGGAUUGAGAAUAUAGUUUGGCCAUCGAACAGGACUAUUGGAAAUAGGAUGUUGUUUAAUACUUAGCU